AUGGUGCUGCCUCCUUGCCACGUGUACUCUGCUCUGGUAAAGAACACCGCCCCCCACCUGGUGAAGGUGAAGGCCACCUACACCCUGCCGAACGGCGCAGCCGACGUGGAGGUGGAGGUGCCCAUCCAGCCUGGCGAGACAGCGUCGCUGGAGCAGAAGUUGCUGCAGGUCAAACAAAUGACAUUGACAGGAUACAUCCGCCGCAUUGCAGUUGAGGGUGGGGCGGUGCUGGAAGCUCCCUUCACUGGGGUGUCGUCCCCCGUGAAGGACUACGCGGUGGAGGUUCACUCUGACGGUGGCGCGCUGCAGCUGCGCGCGACGGGCACCAGGUAA